AUGGCGGCGGAGACGGAGCGGAGAUGGCGCAACAUCCUCACCUCGCAGAUGAUCCCGGAGGCCUGCGGCGAGGGGAAGCUAUCGGAGCCCUCCACCGCACGGGCAGCCGCCUCGUCGCCGGAGCUGCUUGCCGCGAGCCGCUGCAUCCUGGCCAUCGACAUGGACUGCUUCUAUGCUCAGUGCGAGGAGAUCCGACACCCGCAUCUGAAAGGGAGGCCAGUGGGCGUGCAGCAGAAGAUGCUGGUCAUCACGUCCAACUACGCAGCGAGGGCCUGUGGCAUCAAGAAGGGUGACUCCUUGCAGGUGGUCCGUGAGAAGUGCCCCGAGAUCACCAUCUGCAACGGUGAGGACCUAACCUUCUACGGGGAGCUAUCGCAGCGGGCCUUCGAUGUUGCAGCACGCUGGAGCUCGAAAGUGGAAAAGCUGGGUCUGGAUGAAGUCUUCGUGGACGUCACCGAGCUCGUCGCCGAGCGAUUCAAAGCUCUGGAGGAUCCCGGAGCUUGCUUACGCCUGGCCUCUACGGGUCACGAGUACCCCAAAGAGUCGGAGAGCGGUCGUAGCGAAGUGCAGGAGGUUGGGCAGGCGGACUGGAAGGACUUGGAUGACGCUCACCGCUGCUGGGCUCGUUUGGCCCUUGCUUCGGAAAUUUGCCGAGAGAUCCGCGAGGCCAUUCUUUCGGAGAUUGGGCUAACAUCCUCUGCCGGCAUCAGCGUUUCCAAACAGCUGGCAAAGAUGGUGUCUUCCUGGAAGAAGCCCAGUCAGCAAACGCUGUUUCUGCCAACGGCCGAUCGCUUGGGACAUCUUCUGCCAGAUGAUUUGGCCGUGCAGAAGGUCCCUGGCAUUGGCUUCGCCUCAACCCAGAAGCUACACGAGCUGGGUGUUCGCACAACGGGAGAAGUGCUUUCUGCCGUGGUGCCCGAGGGCGAGGAGUAUGGGAGGCUGCUUACGGAGUUCGAUGCUGGGGCAUUGCGGACCAUGAAAGCGCUCUGCUUGGGCAUCGAUGCAUCGCCAGUGAAAGCCUCAGGUGCACCGAAGACCUGCUCCGUGCAAGAUUCCUUCUGGCAGGGGCCUGUUCGCACAGAUGUGCAGGUCAGAGACAACCUCCUGGCCCUUGCACAGAAGUUGAUCACGAAAAUCCGCAGUGACGAGCGCAUGUAUGGAUAUCGUCCAAUCCCCACCUUCUCAUUAAGCUUGAUGCAUGCCCCCAGUUCGGACGGUGGUGCUGCACGUAAGGGUAGGAAGCAGAUGCAGCUGGGGAGCUUCCAAAUUGCACGACAGCCUGGAGAGCAGGGCGACGAUGAGCGGCUGCAGGGUCAGAUUGCCGAUCGUGCCUUCGGCCUCUUCCGCAAGCUGGUCCCCGAGGAGCCCUUCGUCCUGCACAUCCUGAACUUGCAGGUUGGCUUCGGUGAGGCGCUGGGCGCGCAGCGCCGCCUCAGCUUCGGGGCCUCAGCCCCCUCGGCGACUGUGUCCGCGGCACAGCUGCAAGCCCAGGCAGAAGGCAUCGAGCUGACUGACAGCGACGGGGACGGGGAGGCAGGGAGGAACAAGACUCCGGCAGUGAGCACGGAGCGCGCUGAUGCUGUGGCGACGCUGGUUUCGAUGGGCUUCGCGCAAGAUCGUGCCCAGCAGGCUCUGGUGCAGUGCGGCGAUGUACCACGGGCCGUUGAGAUGCUGCUGGCUGAUGGGCCCUCCAGCCCCCCAGCGCACCUCCCACAUGGCGACGUGAGCAGCCGAGCGGAAAAGCGGCAAAGGCUGAGCUGCCCCGUGCCAGAAGCGAGUGGCGCCAUCAUCGACUUGCUGGAUUAG